CUUGCUUAGUUAACCGAGAAAAAGAAGCAGCAUUGUAUAGGAUUAUAAUAUAAGCUGUUUACAGAAACAAGAAAAGGUGAAGAUGAAGAAGAAAACAGAGUAAAUUACAACGAGAGAAAUUUCAUAUAUCAAUUUCUUCACUAAGCUUUGCUUGUUUAGAGUUUUGUUUUAGUGAUUCAUCCACUUUCUUUUCUCUCUUCUCCAAAAAAUAUUUACUAUUUCAGCCCAUUUUUCAAAUAAUUAUUAGAUUACUAAUUCACUUACAUCUAUUAUACUCUUUCUUGUUUCGAUCGGAUCUGAAAAAGGUGCUACCAAUGCAAAGCUGCUUCGCUUUUUAAGUGAAUUUAUUGCAAAAGCGUCUCAAUAAUCAUGACAGAUCAUUCAUUUUUCUGCAUUUUCUAAUCAGUGUUUACAUCAAAGAACACCAUGGAGUCUCUUGUUGAUGGAAUCAGUUCAUUGCCAAACGCUGCUGUUGAGUGCAAUACAUCUUUAGCCUCCCAGAUAAGUCAUCCUCCUUCGAUGAAACAAUCAGAAUACAAAGUGACUAGUUCAAAGCAAUUUGAAGCAAAUGAAGAUACUGUCGAUAAGUUAGCAGAAUGUUGUUCAGGAGAGAGGGAUUUGGCCUUGGAAACUAAAUCAUCUAUCGAGGAUUUACAUCACGGUUCGAAGAAUAAUAGUACUUCAAACGAUGAUUUGGAGCCAGGUGAUGCCAAAGGAUUGCCAUCUGAGUCAGGAAUCACAUAUUGUCCUAGUCCUCAGAACAGUUUAUUUUCUGCUACGCAGUACACAGAAGCCAAACAAAGUUUUUCCAACACAGAAGUCAGUGAAUGUGCUAGCAGUACUGUGGAUAAGUCUGGUGAAAGUGGUGAUGUGAGCAACUCGUGUGAUUUUGUUGAGAGUAGAAAAACAAGCUGCUAUAGAGGCAGCACAGGUAGUGAUGUUAGUGAUGAAAGCAGUUCUAGUAGUUUCAAUGGUGCAGUAUAUAAACCACAUAAGGCAAAUGAUACGAGAUGGGAUGCAAUUCAAGCUGUUAGAGCCCGUGAGGGAACAUUGGGUUUUAACCACUUCAGACUUUUGAAGAGAUUGGGAUGUGGUGAUAUAGGGAGUGUUUUUCUAGCUGAAUUGAUCGGCACGAGAUGUUUCUUUGCCAUGAAAGUGAUGGACAAGGCAGCUUUAGAAGGUCGCAAGAAACUCGUGAGAGCUCAGACGGAAAGAGAGAUACUGCAAUCUCUUGAUCAUCCCUUUCUACCAACACUGUAUUCACACUUUGAAACAGACAAAUUUUCCUGCUUGGUGAUGGAAUUCUGCCCUGGUGGAGAUUUACAUGCACUUAGGCAAAAGCAGCCAGGGAAAUUUUUUCCUGAGCAUGCUGCCAGGUUUUACGUGGCUGAAGUUCUUCUUGCACUAGAGUACCUGCACAUGCUUGGAAUCAUUUACAGAGACCUUAAACCAGAGAAUGUUUUGGUUCGAGAAGAUGGCCAUAUAAUGCUUUCUGAUUUUGACCUCUCCUUGAGGUGUGCUGUGAGCCCAACACUAGUUAGAUCCUCAAAUUCAAGUUUAGAGUCCAAGAGCUCAUCAUACUGUGUCCAGCCUGCUUGUAUCGAGCCAUCUUGUGUCGUUCAGCCUGCAUGUAUCCAACCUUCCUGUUUUACACCGCGUUUUCUAAGCAAGUCCAAGAAAGAAAAGAAGUCCAAACAAAAGACUGACACGUAUAACCAAGUGAACCGCCCUCUUCCAGAACUCCUUGCUGAACCAACUAGUGCUAGAUCGAUGUCUUUUGUGGGGACACAUGAGUACCUGGCUCCAGAAAUUAUAAAAGGUGAAGGACACGGCAGUGCUGUAGAUUGGUGGACAUUUGGGAUCUUUCUCUAUGAACUCUUGUUUGGACAAACUCCUUUCAAAGGAGCAGGCAACAGGGCAACGUUGUUUAACGUUGUUGGUCAGCCCUUGAAAUUUCCUGAAACACCUAGUGUUAGUUUUGCUGCAAGGGACUUGAUAAGAGGCCUACUUGUGAAGGAGCCACAGCAUCGCCUUGCAUAUAGGCGAGGGGCUACUGAAAUAAAACAACAUCCUUUCUUUCAGAAUGUGAACUGGGCACUCAUACGAUGUGCCAGUCCUCCAGAUGUACCAAAGCCGUCCAUGACAUAUGAUAUGCCCAGAACACCACCAGCAGGAAAGACCCCCGGAGGUGAUGUGAAGCCUUCAGGUAAUUAUUUUGAGAUUGAUUUCUUCUGAGGAAUUCUUUUCCUUGGCAGCAACGGACCCAUUGCCCUUAUACGAAGAGCUCAACGUUGAAGAAAACACUGUUUUUCUGUUCCUUUGGUCAUGCUAAAGUAAAGAGCCUACUAUGCUGAAAUGCAAGAUGCAUAGGGAUUGGAUGUUGAAGGCCAUAAUUCCUUGUAUACACUUCUUCAAAAUUCAAUCUUAUCCGACUUGAGACGAAGGAUUUCUUUGCUUGGUUAAGUGUUUUGUUGAUAUUAAUGAAAUAGGCCUUGAUGUGGAAGUUGUAUGUCUAUAAAUCUCUAGCUAUUACUGGACGUGGUGUUCUAAAUUUUUCAAUUGAAGAAUCAAAAGUUGAUGUGCCAUAA